UACAAUUUUUUCGAACAAAUCGAAUACUUUUUCUGAAGUACCUGGACCAAAGCAUGCCCCUCCUCCUGAUGCGAAACCAAUUGAAUAUUUCAAUAAAUUUUUUUCAAUUUCGCUCUUCACUACAAUGGCGACAGAGACGAAUGUUACAUAACAAUUAGUGUUAAUUAUAACCAUUUUCAUUGUUUCCCAAAAAAAAAUACUACGCAUUACAUCCCGGACUUUUAGCAUAUGCAUAAGAAAAUUCUCCCGCACUCAAAUGGUUAACACAAAUGGCGGGCGAUACGGUAUUUUCAAAAAUUGAUUUAUUACAAGCAUACUUACAGUUAGAAAUACGACCAGAGGACCGCGAAUUACUUACAAUCAAUACACACAAAGGACUGUACAAACCGACGCGACUAAUUUACGGAGUGGCAUCAGCGCCAGCGAUGUGGCAACGCACAAUUGAAAAUAUUUUAAAAGAUAUGCCGGGUGUCGUAGUAUUUUUGGACGAUAUACGUAUUGCAGGCGUAGAUUCGAGAGACCAUUUACAAAAAUUACGACAAGUUUUCACGCGAUUACAAAAAUACAAUAUACGAAUUAAUGUAGAUAAAAGAUUUACAGAUUUCCUAAAAGUAAAUGGAAUUACGCAAAGGCUCACUGCUCCAUACCAUCCUGCCACAAACGGACAGGCAGAGCGUUAUGUACAAAUAUUAAAGAAUUCGUUAAAGCGAAUGAAAGCGGAUCGUACGAAUAUACAACCAGCGUUACAACAAUUGUUAAUACAAUACAGAAAUACGCCACAUGCGAAAACAGGAAUAUCACCCGCGGAAAUAUUAUUUUCGAGAAAAUUACGUACGCGAUUAGAUUUAUUACGUCCUACAGUUACAAAAGAAAGAUCAUACACGCCCUCCAUUAUCUUCAAGGAGGGAAAGAGAGUCAGUUGUCGAAAUUACAUAGGAAAUGUUAAAUGGGUUUUCGGAAAAGUGUUAAAGCAACUGGGCGACUUACAUUAUAAUAUACUUUUGGAUGACGGGCGUAUUGCACCCGGUUUUAUGUCCACUGGUCACAUACCGUUCGUCAAUACCUGGCCAGAUAGCACGAAAGUACAAAGCAGUCGGUACGAGAAAUGAACUGUUUUACGGCUCCGAACGUUGUUUUGUAAAACGGCUGCUGGUACGUCCUAUACCAGAAU